AUGGCUUCUUCUUCUUCUUCAUCACUCGACCGCCUCCCACAAGACAUCGUCACAGACGUACUCUUGAGGCUACCCGCCGAAACACUCCUUGACCUCCGCCGCGUCUACUUCUGCUCUGUCCUAUGCUCGGACCCUGUCUCGGGCUCCUACACCCUCCGCGCAAAGCUCGCCAUCCCCUUCGAUGAGCACGCACUCUCCUUCGAGGUCAUAGGGUCAGUCGAUGGGCUCGUCUGCGUGUCGAUGCUCCACAAGAGGUCCGAGCUCUGGACCAUCCAGAGCAUGUAUUUGUGGAACCCGGCCAUGAGGAAGCUGAGGGACCUGGGGAACAGGGCCGAGCGCGUUGCCGGCAUGAGCAGGUACCAGAUUCACGGGUUCGGGCGGGACCGCGGGGGCCACAUUUAUCGGGUCGUGAGGAUCACUUACGGCUGCACGAGAAAGGGGGAGAAGGAGAGUUCGAUGGAGGCCGUCCAAGUCGAGGUUUGCACAGUGGGGAGGGAUUCGUGGAGAAUGUUGGAACCGCACGGCGUGUCUUGCUUCGCAGGCGAUGACUCUUGAGCUUGCAUCAACGGUGUUGUUCAUUGGCCCGCAUCCGUGACAGAAGACGCUUCGUACAGUUCCAUAUUGUCGUUCGAAGUCGCCUCCCAGAUGUUUGACAAGCUCCCGAUGCCGGAAAACUACCUCGACAACUUCAAACUUCACGAAGAGACGCAAGUUUCCAUCGCAGCUUUGAAAGAAUCCCUCGCCACCUUGGUCUACUGCCCGGGAGCAGGAAACAUCGGGAGCGAAAUACACGUUUGGGUGAUGAAACGGUAUGGUUUCGCGGAUUCUUGGACAAAACAGUACACUGCAGUGAUGCAGCAGAGGAUUGAGAGGGUCUUAGGAUCGACCAGGAACGGAGAGAUCUUGAUUCAUAGGAGUGACCAUAAGGUGAUGUGCUAUGAUCCGGAGAAUGAUAUGCGGUUCAAAGACAUCGGCGUGACUAGAUUCCCUGACCAGUUCGAUGUGGUUGAUUAUUCAGAGAGCUUGGUUUGGCCUGACGAAGGAAAUGCAGAUAGCUAACAUGAAGAUACUUAUUUCUCUUCAUACAUAAGAAGAGGGCAUUUCAGGUUCUUGUGGGUCUCUUAUGUAAGGACUAACAUGGAUUGUUUUGAUUCCAGGAUUGGUUUUCAUCGGUUGUCCAGGUGAGGUGACAAGAGAUUUCAUGCAUAAAUUUCUCAUGAAUUGAAGUAGAA